UUUUGCAGAUGAUUUUAAUGAAGCAACAAAGACCCUCCUUUCAAGGACAAAAGAAAAAAACUUUUCUAUCUACUCUCUCUUCUCUCUUUCUAAAUGGAUCGAAAAACCUCUCCUUGUUAAGUUAGGGUUGCUCCAAACUUCGCACUCAAAUUCUACACAACCAGCUUCAGAUCUCCCCAAAAGGAUUGAAUCUUCUUCUUGUUCGUUCAAUAUUCUUUCUUUGGAUACCAUUUUAUCGACUGGCCGUGAAGAAUCGAAGCUGGGUUUGUUUUAGAUUGUCUUAACAGAUAGCUAACUCAAAUACAGUUACUCAUAUCAUGGGGAGUACUAUUGCAGUCAAGGAAACUCAUCAGAGUUGCAGUUCUGAUCUUGUUGCCAAGACUGUGGAAUCACCGCUAAUGAUUGACUCAAUAUCUAUAGAUCUCAUCAAUGCUAAUGAUGACAUUGAUACUGGGAAGUGUGAGCAUUUUUCCAUUCGUGGAUAUGCAUCUGAGAUGCGCAACAAGGACUGGAAGAAAUGCUGGCCAUUUGCAUUAGAUAUUGGAGACCAGAAUAUAUCUGAAGAACAAAACUGUAAGCUUCCUCCUUUACUUGUUCCGAAGUUCAGAUGGUGGUGUUGCCAAAACUGCCAGCAGGAAAAUGGGGCUGAAGGUAGUGUAAAUGAACUAAGAACUGUUGCUAAUAUUAGUAGCAAAUUGAAAUCCUUUGGCUCUUGUCCCCAUUUGUCAUCCCAUGGUGGUGCUGUGAUGUGGUUAUCAGAUUUGCAGUGGGCUGGAAAGAUUAAUGUUGAAUCAAGAAAACUUGAUGCUAAUGCUUGUGUGAAUGUCAAUAGCAGUGACUAUCAUCCUUUAUUUAGUGAUAAAAGUGGAAAAGCAGCUGAAAUUGAAAAUAUGCCAAUCAUAGGUCAAGGCGAUGUCUUGGCAAAUAACAUUAAUAAGGACAUCCAUGUUUCAAAUUAUGCUGGAAUAGAAGUUAUUUCUAACCUUAUGCAGCAAUCACUUCAUAUAGAUGAUAAAGUGGCUUCUCUGCAACUUCAUAAGCCCGAUAUAAAAGAUAAUGACAUUGCUGGUGUUAAGCUUCCUGAAUCAAACCCGAAGUGCUCGGUUAAGGAUGCCACUGAUAGAUGUCAAACAGGAAAACAUGAUUCUGCCUCUGAUCAGCAGAUGGAGUUUGUGAAAGCUGGUGGUUCUUAUGGGAUAGCCAGUGUAGUUAAUGGGGUUCCUGAUUCUAUCAAGACUCGUACAGCUGAACAUCCUUCAUUGGAAUUAGAUGAUUUUGAUUAUGCAUCAGCUGAAAGUGCUGAGAAAUUGCAUGGAAGUGCAAGCAGCAUGCAUCGAAGAAAAACCCCUAAGGUACGUCUGCUGACUGAAUUGCUGGGUGAAAAUGGAGAUGAAAAAACUGAUGUCACAAGUACAGAAGAUUCUCCUUCCAGUGCCAUUCCUGAUGCAUCUAUAGGCAUAGAUUUAGUAUCUGCUCCCCAAGGUCAAGUCAAUUUCCCAGGAAAUGUUAUGAGCAGUUUGGCUCAUAGUAGGAAAAGAAAGUUGCCACAGCAUGAAGAAUGGAGACCGGGGGAAAUGAGCUCUCCAUAUAUUGGGCAUAAAAAUCUUAGGACCUUCAAAAGAGGUGUUGAAACUGCUGAUGGAAUUGCAAGUUUUGAUUCAGAAGGUACAGUUAAUGGAAGUGGCUCACAAACUGCUGCAAAGAGCCAUUUGUUAAACUUUAAAGUUGAUAAAAGUCCUAUUAUAGGAAAGAAGAAAAAUAAAAAGACCCAGAAUUUUGAUAAAUGUUUGUCCUUGUCUCGAGAAAAUCUGCAGAAGGAAAGACAGAAAAAGCCUGGAGAUACCACUAAGAACAAUGCCACUGAUAUUGUUUUGUACAAAUCAAAUGAUGUAUCUGCAGGCAGUGGGUUGGGUUCCUCUCCUGAAUCUUCCCAAAAGGCAGAGAAAAAAUCUAAUUUAUUGAAGAAAAAGAGCAAGGUGCAUCAAGAUCAUGAUGGGUUUGCUUCUUCAAUUACUUGGAACAAUGGCAUUCUCAGAGAAGGUCUGGCUUCAAGGAAGGAUUUAGAAAUAAGACAAAGUGGGUCCGUUGCUGUUCCACUUAUAGUAACCAAGGAUGCAUCAGCUGAAAAAGGACUGCAAUUUUCACUUAAUAAUUGCUUGCCUGCUAAAACAUAUGAUGGAAAAUAUAUUACACCAAUCAGAGAUGGGCUACCAUCUCAAUUGCCUUGGCAAGGGCGUGUUCUCAGUGACUAUGAGAUUGGGAGGAAAGAUCUAAAGAUGAAUUAUGUUGGAGACUGUAGUUUUUAUUCUAAAUCUCAACUGGAUGCCUAUCUUUGGAAGGAAAUGCAUGUUGGUCUCAACAGUAACCAAACUAUAUACGGAAUACCAUUACUGAAUGAGAAGCAAAAGCACAGCUCUCGUGCUGAAGUUGGGAGUUGUUCUCUGAUUCAGCAAAUGGAUUUCAGUGGUACAAGCAACAAUGGGAAAACUGUGGAUCUUCAGGACCAUUCAACAGUUGCUAGGAAACAUUACGAUCAACGAGCUGAAAUGGCCUCUGAGCAAGGAGCUUUAGAUGACAUACCCAUGGAAAUCGUUGAACUCAUGGCAAAGAAUCAGUAUGAAAGGUGUCUUCCAGAUACUGAAAUUGAUAAACAGCUAUCAGAAACAACCAACAACGCCAGAAAUUAUCAGAGGGUGGAUCUUAAUAAAGUAUAUGGAAAUGAAGAGAUGAGCCUGUUUCAUGCAACCACUCAUAAACCAAAACCCCGAGCUAAAAACGGAAGAAUUGGCAAAAUUGUAAUGGGUGAUAAUGUGAGAUCCAUUCAAAAGUCAGUUGAUUAUUUCUCUCACAUGGACGGAAACCAGUGUAAUAUGAGCCAUUUGGAACAAAGUUAUUCCCCUGCCGGCUUUCAACGUUUUCCUUUAUGUAGAGAGAAGCCUCUAAAUGGACUCCAAUUUUCUGCUACCAAUUCCAGCAGGCAAAACAGUGCUCAAAAUUGCCAGUGGAUCGGGAACAUGGUUGGCCAGAGGUCCUCUCACAUUAGCGUGCAGGCGUUGGGAGUUUGUAACACAUGCCAGAGUGCUCCACAGCAGUAUAAAGAAGCCGCUCAUCUAUGGCCAUCCACAAUACCAAAAAACAUUUCCUAUCUAAAUGGCAUCCCUAAGAAGCAUGCAGAUAAGGGGGCAAAUGUAGAUGUAAUUUCACAUUUUCCCUGCAGUCUGCCUAAGGGAAAUAUGAGUGGAGAUGAUAGGAACUUCUCAAAUCUGGCUUCAAACUUUGAAAAGCAUAGUAGAAAGUUUGAUUCUGAAGUCCUUGGACGGACACAUACAGAUUACCCAAUUGCUUGCAAACAUAAUGGGAUGGGGUCGUUAGAUCUGUAUUCUAAUGAAACUAUACCAGCGAUGCAUCUACUCAGCCUUAUGGAUGCAGGGUUACAGUCAGGUGCACCAGUUAAUGUGGAUGGAAACCAAAGAUUUGUUAAAAAAACUUCCUUUCUUCAUGGUCAUCGCUCUAAUGAGUUGUCAAGCCUGCCAUCUGGGGGAUAUAGGAACAAUUCAAUGAAACAUCCAUCCUAUGAUUGUUAUGGUAAAGGCCACCUACCUGAGAGUUUCUGUGAAUGUAUGUCGGCCACUCCACCAGUUGGUCCUUCGACUUCUUCAUUCCAGCAUGAUAAAGCUUUCAAGAAGGCAACUGAUAUUAUGGGUCAAUUUUCACUCAAGUCUAGAGAGAAAGAAAAGAAAAAAUUCUCAGACUCACAGAGGCAGAAUAGAAACCACAGAUCACAAAAAACCUUAUCUUCAAGCAGUGGCUUAAACAUAACUUGUGGAUCCAUUCCUGUUCAUAGCAUGCCAAAACUGGUGCUUGGCACUUCAGACUUUACGAUGUUUCCGAUUCAGAUUCAUGCAAUAGAGAGUGCAACAAAACAGAAGCAGGAUGCUCGGACUAUGAGUGGCACCCUUUUCCAUCCGAAAAAUGGUUCAGAGAACAAAAUCUGCUGCAUUAACAGAAAUCCUGCUGAUUUUACUGUGCCUGCGGCAGGAAACAUUUACAUGAUUGGAGGUGAAGACCUGAAAUUUGGAAGGGAAGCUCCCUCAUCUGGCUGUAGAAAAUUGGUUGGGCACAAGCGUCAGAGGAAGCCUACUGUUAGAAAAGAGCAUUCACGAAAUUGAUCUUCGUGAAACUGUUAUCAUUAUAUAUGCUGCAGGCAAAAUCUGAAGCACCUUCCUUGAUUCCACAAAAGAAGAAAAGCUUAGAAGCCUUAUGAAGUGUCAGGCAUCAAACCAGUUAUAUUUUGCACAAGUUGAUUUUUAUUCUCGAACUAAAAAUGUUCUACUUGCUUUGCCAUUUUCCAUUGCCAAGCCUGAGAACAUGAAAAAAAAUGUUUGCUGCAUGUUAAGGCCUGUAAAUAUUUGCAUAUGCCUCAGCCUCGACCCCUGCACAAUCACCCUUGCAUAUCAACUGUACUUAUUCGGUGUUGUAUGCCUGUGUUUUCCUGGACAACGGUUUGUAAAACCAAAACAAUGCCCUUAUUAGUACUCAAAAGGGCUUGUUUGUUACUUAAAUAAUUUGGUCUAUGCUCCAUAAUUGAGCAGCUGGUGGGAAUGGAAUCAGAGAAUAGGCAAUUAGCCACUAUAUAUGUUAUGAAGCAUAACUCUGAAGAGCCCUAGAGGAAUAUCUGAUUGUUAUUGAUUAUUCAAUUGUAAUUUAUAGCUCUUAAGAUUUGGAAAGAGAGUGAGAGAUAAACAGAGAUGGUAUCCUCUGAAUCCUAUUGGAUACCAUACCUAUUCACUGAAAGCAGAAAUAUCUUUUCCUGUAAUAUAGUAUGUUACUGGUUUUAUUGUUUUUUUUUUCUUUUGUGGUUCUCUCCUUGUUGAUUACUAAAUUGGAGAAACUAUGGUUAUUCAGAUGUUUCAGAGGGAUAUAUGCUAUAGAGUGCAUAUCUAGCACGAGUCUUGCUACGAUGAGGCAAAAUCCUUUAGAUAAUCACCUAACUGAAAGAGCGUAUCAUUUUGACGUGAGCAGUGGCCGCUCUCAAGUCCUGAACUGGUACUCGAGCACUUGCAAGAGUAAAAACUUGACCAUCACUUCAAAGUUCAAACUAUGACUGAAACAAUUGUCACGAUGAUACUAUUAGUUAUUAAGCAUGAAACUAAAGAUUUUACCACCUACUAAAAUAAUGGUUGCAGAAACUAAAUAUUAAUAAUUCAAUAGUAACCAAGAUAAUCGAUGGAUGCAAAUUAACUCUCUUGUCUGAAUCUCUACUGUUGUAGUGAUUUUCUCUUCAAUUCUUUUUCAUUUCUCAUUUCUCAUUCAUUAAUAUUAAAUCAGCUUAUUUGCAGGGUUAAAAGAAUGACGCAUAUUGUGGGUCUUCCCCUCUCAUUUCAGAUCUCAACAUCUUUAUCAUGUGUUCUAUAAAUCUAUAUAUAAUAUCUACUGCUAGUAUUCUAUU